AAAGCUUUAAUUCAUUUAAGUCAUCGGUUGACGAAGUUAGUUAAACAUUAUAUAUUUUAUUUAACUUAACUGUGAUCUUUAGUUUGUUAAAAAAUAUUUCUCCAAGCCGGUGACCUUUUAAUUAAUUAUAAUAUAUUUAAUAAAUGCGUACUGUAAGUAGAGAGGGAGAAAUAUUUUUAUUUAAGUGGAAUAAUAAUGAUAGUGAAUGUAAGUGAUGGAGAAAGCGAUUGGAUCUGAUAUGAUAAAUUCUGUUCAUCGACUUUGAUACACUACUCGCGGCAGUACAAAUCGAAAUCCACUCAGAUAAAGAAGACGAUCCGUUUCAUUUCACGUUAACGUAAGCUAAACGUUUUUCUCUACAUUCCGAUGGGUCAAAAAUAAAUUUUUUGAACUGAACCCGAAGAAUGACUUCUAGCAGUGACAGACAGUGACUCGUAUCGCGUUUAUUCUUUACAUUACAUAAAAUUUAAUAAAAAAAACUAAAUCUUUAAAUAAAUAAUAGUGUCGUAAAGUUAAACUUGUUUGUUAGGAUUUAAGUUUGUAAAUUUUGAUGAGUCAGGUUUUACAACACUAAUAGUUAAUUACGUCUAUAUCUUGUCUUUGUUUUGUGUAUACUAUAAAAAUCCUAUUGGAUAUAUUAUUUGUUUAUUUAUUUAUCAAUUUAUACAAGUGUGUUGAUAGAAAACCGUCGACUGAUUAUAUUGAAAUUUAUUGCGGCGACCGAAGAGUUCUAAUUUGCCGGCUGUGUUUUAGAAUACUUUUCAUUUAAAUUAUUUUUUAAAAAUUCAUUAAGUCAUGUUGAAACAAUUUAAAUCCACUGUUUUUUUUAUCUGGUUAAUAAUUAUAUGUUAAAAUAAUCUAGUGAACAAUUAACUAAUGAUUGACGCGCAUCAGCUAGCUUGUGGCAUAUGACCCGUGUUAUUACUUGAUCAAUUACGUCUCGUUAGCGGUUGGUCAAGUAUUUUUCUUACAAGUUAGUGUGAUACUCGGAGUUUUAAAAUCUUCAUAGAGAUACUUUUUUUAAAAUUUAUAAUAAAUUAAAUAAAAAGUCAAAAUGGAAAAUUCAGAACGAUGGUACUUUCAUUGGGCAGACUGGCUAGUGUUUAGUGCAAUGUUGAGUUUUUCAGCAGGAGCUGGAAUUUGGCAUUUUAAAAAAGCUAGUCAAUCAUCAACGAUUGAAUAUUUACUCGGUAGAAAAAGUCUUAAUGUUUUUACUGUAUCUGCUUCUCUUAUCGCCAGUUUUAUAUCCGGAGUUACAAUAUUGGGAACUCCAACUGAAAUUUAUAAUUAUGGAACACAGUAUUGGAUAACAAUUUUAUCACUUUUAAUAUGUGGAAUUAUUGUUAUUUUUGUUUACUUACCAGUAUUUAUGACUUUACGUUUAAAUUCUUGUUAUGAGUAUUUGGAAAUGAGAUUCAACCGAUCAGUGCGACUGCUAAUAUCAUUUUUUUUUGUAAUUGACGUGGUACUUUAUCAAUCAAUUGUCCUUUACGUACCAGCGCUCGCACUUAAUCAAGUUACGGGAAUAAAUGUUUACGCAAUUAGUGGUGUUGUGUGUUUUAUCUGUGUAUUUUACACCGUUUUGGGUGGAAUAAGAGCUGUAGUUUGGACAGAUGCUUUUCAAGUUGGAGUAAUGAUUGCUGCUGUGGUAACAGUAACUAGUCUGGGUACUUAUGAAGUUGGAGGUCCAUCAGAAGUAUGGAAAAAAGCAUUGGAAGCUAAGAGAAUACAAUUUUUAAACUUCGAUCCUUCGCCCUACACAAGACAUACCGUUUGGUCGGUUUUAAUUGGAUCUUGUAUUUACAGUACGUCCUACAUUGCCGUUAAUCAAACCAUAGUCCAGCGUUAUAGUUCACUGCCGACAAUGAAAGUCUCAAAAAUAGCAAUAGCAGUAUUCACCAUUGGAAUAAUGCUUUUUAUUUCUCUGACAUGCUGGUGCGGGCUCGUAUUAUUAGCUUGGUGGUCUCCGCCAAAGUGUGAUCCAAGAGCCUCAGGAUUAAUUAAAACAGAUGAUCAAAUGCUGCCUGCUUAUGUUAUGCAGAUCGCUGGUCAUUUGUAUGGAGUUCCAGGAUUAUUCACUGCCGGAAUAUUCGGUGCUGCCUUGAGUACUCUAUCAGUAGGUUUGAAUUCAACUUCGGUUGUGCUUUUAGAAGACUUUGUUAAAGGAUAUUUUAAAUUAAAACCCACCGAUCGUAAUUCAACGAUAUUCGUCAAGUCUGUAGUUAUAUUUCUCGGUCUAUUUGCAAUGGGUUUUUUGUUCGUAAUUGAAAAACUUGGCGGCGUAUUAGCUGUCACAGGAAGUUUAUCCGCGAUAGCUGCAGGAACUUCUUUUGGUGUUUUCACUCUAGGAAUGCUCGUACCAUGGGCCAAUUCAAAAGGAGCACUUGUAGGCGCAAUAGCAGGAUUUGCAUUAGCAGGAUGGUCUAGUCUCGGCGCUAAUGCGAUGAUUGCCACUAAGGCUAUUAUUGCAAAAAAACUUCCUGUAGAUUUAAAUUAUUGCUCGAGAAAUGUGAGUCAAAGCUUUAUAAACCAAUUUCCCGUGGAUCACAGUGAGGAUGAUGUGUUUCCACUGUAUCGGCUGUCCUACCACUGGUUCGCCGGCUUGGGAAUGAUCACUGUUAUAAUAGUGGGAGUAAUAGUGACCUGGAUAACAGGACCAGAGGAUAUAAUAAAUGUCAAUCGGGAUUUAUUGUCUCCAGUGAUUCAUAGGUUUCUGCCGGACCUUAAAAAUAACUUAGAAUUGGCCAAGUGGCAACAGAGGGCAAAUGGAGACUCACAGGCUUCUAAUUAUUUGAAUGAUGGAGCACAUAUAACAACUCCGUUAAACGAAAAUGUACCUCGAUAAUUAUUAACAAACUAAUUUAAUUGUCAUCAGUUGAAUAAUUUAAUUUAUUUAAAUUUUCUAGACUAUAUAAUAUACAUAUAAAUGUAUUGUAGAGUACAUAUCAAGUGCCAUUGAAUAGAAAGCAUUGAAUAAAUUCGUCAGCUGUAUAUUUGUAGUUAAAAUCAGAAGGUCCUGGUAAUUUAACACGUCCAGGGUAGUUUCUGUUAAGUGAGUUUGUUUGAUUUUCAAGCUUUAGUGAUUCAGAGUGACCGUUUGAGAAGGUGGUGCCGAGCGGAGAGCGGAGAGCGAACAGUGAAAGCUCCGGGUUCUGAUGUUGUGUACGUCUACACCUUUAAACUCCAACUGGGAUAUUAACCAGCUUGUUAUAAGGCAAAGCAACGUUCAAACAUCCUUAUUAAGGUGGCGCAAAUAGGUCGGUCUCACGUACCGUUUACUUGCCCUAGUUAAUUGAAUUUUCGCUAGCCAAAGUGCGGUCACUCAAAAGCACAACACUCACUCACCAGUCACCAUGUAAUUAACUAGCUCGACUCGAUGAAGUCAGGCUUUUAGUAAUAAACAUCAAUCGAUAAUAAAUUAUUUAUAUACAAAUGUAAAUAUCAA